GCGCGCUGGAAUUUGGCAACACAGAUUCGCAUGCACCACAACUGUGCCGAUGGUAAUAUGGAUUGACACAGCGCGUUCCGAGACAAAACAGAGGAGGAGACGGCCACACAGGAGUGUGUCUGGCUGUGUGUGGGUUGCCACCACUCCUGUUACUCAAGCUUCAACACACACACACAUUCUGCCACAAUGUCACGUAGGGAGCGGCCAUGGUCAGUUUACAGAUCCAACACUUUAGAGCUCGCUUCAGAGAUGCUCGGACUGGCAUUGGAAGGAAACAGUCAAGAUCCAGAUGAGCCAGUUCUGGAGUUCAGUCUUGUCUGCAGUGAGCUGACCACACCAUCUCUGGACCGGAAACCCAAUAGUUUUGUUGCUGUGAGCUGUACGACUCCUCCUCAGGCUUUCUGGACGAAACAUGCACAGACGGAGAUCAUUGAGGGUACAAAUAAUCCCAUGUUCCUCAGCAGCGUGGCUUUCUUCCAAGACUCCCACAUUAACCAGCACACACAGGUCAAGCUCUCUGUGUAUGAUGUGAAAGAUCGCUCGCAAGGAACGAUGUACCUCCUUGGCUCAGCCAUGUUCCCAGUGAAGGAGCUUCUGCAGGAAAAGAACCACAGACUUAAUUUACCUCUCAGGUCAGCAGAAAACAAGCAUGUGGGUAGUAUUACAGUCAUCGCCUGGCAGCUCGAGGAGAAGAGAGAUCAUCACACACCCAUCAAACAAUUGCAAGACUCCAUCAAUGGCAGGACUGUCCUCCCUGUGGAUGAGAGCCUGACAGAAUCUGUGGGAGUCCGUGCAAAAUACGCCUCUCUGUGGAAAGACUCAUUUCUACGAUCUGUGUUUGGUGGCACCAUGUCACGGAUGUACCGUUUUCCAACUACUGAUGGGAAUCAUUUACGAAUCCUGGAACAGAUGGCUGAAAGUGUCCUGUCACUUAAUGUCCCACGACAGUUCGUCAAACUCUUACUGGAAGAGGAUUCAGCAAGGGUAUCUGAGUUGGAGGAGUUGGGAGAAUUAUCACCGUGUUGGGAGAAUCUCAGGCGGCAGAUUGUCACGCAGUACCAAAGCAUCCUUCUGUCCUAUCAGGACACACGCUCUGACCUGCAGGACUACAAAGGUCCGUCAUUUAAAGCCAGUAAUCUGAAAGCAGAGAGGAAGUUGGAAUUUAUGCCCACCAACCUCCACGUGCAGAGGAUGAGGGUUCAGGAUGAGUCUGGCUGUGAUCACACCUAUGAUGUGGUGACGAUCGGGGCCCCUGCAGCUCACUGUCAGGGUUUCAAAAGCGGUGGUCUACGGAAACUCUUGCAGAAAUUUGAAGAGGCAAAGAAAGUCAGUGCUCUGUCCAGCUCCCAGUCCAUCGUCUACAUCCCUCAGGAUAUUGUCCGUGCCAAAGAGAUCAUUUCCCAUAUCAACACGCUCAAGACUCAGGUCAGCUAUUACGCAGAGCGCCUGUCUCGCGCCGCUAAGGAACGCUCUGCUAACGGCAUGGAGAGAACCCUCGCCAUCCUAGCGGAUAAGACACGACAGCUAGUGACGGUUUGUGACUGUAAACUGCUGGCGUCUGCAGUGCAGGCCCUGAACGCAGCGAGACCAGAGUACAUCGCCUCGAAAAACUCACCCUCGGCUGACUCAGAGCAGGUUGUGCUGAGGAAUGAUCAGGACACACUGCUGGCCAAAUGGAGUGGCAGUAACAGCCGUUCAUCCCUCCAUGUUGAUUGGCAUGAGGAAGAGUGGGAAAAGGUGUGGGGGAAUGUGGACAAAAGUCUAGAGUGCAUAAUCCAGCGAGUGGACAAGCUGCUGCAGAGAGAGCGUCUGCACAGCAGCAGCAGUGAGGACAUGUUCCAGUCUGACCAGCAGGGCGGCACCAGCAAGAAAGGUAAUGGGAAAAGAAAAGCUUUUUGGGUCAACCCUACCUGCAUGGAGAAAUCGUCCUCUGUAACUGAACCACAACAGCAGUCACCUUCACCACCACCACCACCAUCAUCAUCAUCAUCAUCAUCAUCAUCAUCAUCACCAUCACCAUCCUCACCAUCCGACCUGAACCCUGCAUGCCCCGAUAAUGCAGAAGUGCAUGCCUAUGGCAGCAGCAGCAGUGGAGAGGAGAGUUACCCAGGUGAAUGGAGCGAGGCCUUGUAUCCCCUCCUGACGACCCUAACAGAGUGUGUGGCCAUGAUGAGUGACAAAGCCAAGAAGUCGAUGGUUUUCUUGCUCAUGCAAGACAGCGCACCCACCAUCGCAAUGGACCUCAGUCUGCAGUACCGCAGAGAUGUGGUUUUCUGCCAAACACUCACAGCGCUAAUUUGUGGCUUCAUUAUUAAGCUGAGAAACUGUCUCCGUGAUGACGGUUUUCUGAGACAGCUUUACACCAUCGGCCUGCUCGCUCAGUUUGAGUGUCUAUUGAGUACUUACGGAGAGGAGUUAGCCAUGUUAGAGGACAUGAGCAUAGGAAUAAUGGACCUUCGAAACGUGACCUUCAAGGUGACUCAGGCCAUUUCUACCUCAUCUCCCGACAUGCUGCCGGUGAUCACCGGGAAUCGGGAUGGGUUCAACGUUCGCAUCCCUCUCCCUGGAAGCAUGUUUGAUGCAUUGCCAAGGGAGAUCCAGAACGGCAUGCUGCUGCGGGUACAGCCGGUGCUGUUCAACGUGGGCAUCAACGAGCAGCAAACGCUCGCUGAGAAGUUUGGAGACACGUCACUUCAGGAGCUCAUCAAUGUGGAAAGUCUGGCACGUCUAAAUUCUUACUACCAGCAGUUCAAGGAGGUUUUACCGGACGACUGUCUUCCUCACUCUCGUAGUCAGACUUGUCUCCCAGAGCUGUUGCGGUUUCUGGCAAAUGUUCAUGCUAGGAAAAAUAAAAAUGUUGACAUCUUGUGGCAGGCUGCUGAGAUUUGCCGGCGACUGAACGGAGUGCGAUUCACCAGCUGUAAAAGUGCCAAGGACCGCACUGCCAUGUCAGUGACCCUGGAGCAGUGUCUGAUCCUGCAGCACGAGCAUGGCAUGGCCCCGCAAGUCUUCACACAGGCCCUCGACUGCAUGCGCAGCGAGGGCUGUCGCCGUGAGAAUACCACGAAGAACGUUGGAUGUCGCAAGUAUGCCUUUAACUGUCUGCAGCUGAAGGCUUUUCCUAAACAUUACAGACCUCCCGAUGGCACUUUCGGAAAAGUGGACACUUGAUGAGACUGACGUGAUAUGGAAAUAUUAGUAAUUAUGAAGCUUCUUCAAACUAAGUACCGUAAAUCUGCUCAAUUUGCUCCGAACAUUUAUCACACAUUUACACUUCAGGCAUGCGUUUGAAGUGAGAAUGUUGACUGCACUGAAUUGUAUCAGUAGAUGCAGUUCUAUUUCAUAAGCUCAGUAUCACCAAACAUAUUUAUUACAUGUAAUGCUGUAUUUUAGCGUAUUAGUACACAAUUAAGGAUUUCAUCACUGUCAAUAUUAUAUUUAGCAAUCUUGGCCCUUUAGAGCGCAAAUAGAGGGUUUAGACAUUUAUGCUGAAUUUCAUCAUGUAGUAUUGACUAUCUAUUGCAAACAUAUGUGUUAGUACCCUAAAGAAAUAGUUCACCCAACAAUGGAAAAUUGCUGGUUAUUUAUCCAGGUCAUCUAAGAUUUUUUGCGAAGGAUUUUUCUGUAUCUAAAGCAUACAACAUUCAUUAUCAUUUUGAAGUCAUUUUUUUCAGAAAAUGACUGAUUUGUUUUGCUAGAAAAGAGCGUUAUUUGUUGGAUGAGCUCAUGUGAAUUACUUUACAGCUGCCUAAAUGUGAGUUUUGGACCUUCAAAUAAAUGAUCUACUUACACUCUCAGAAUAAAAGUACUGGAGCUGUCUCUGGGGCAGAACCUUUUCUAAAAUUGAUACAUAUUUGUACCCAAACAGUCCACAAUGGUACCUUUAAAGGUGCAUAUUAGUAUCCAAAUGUACCUAAAAAAAGUACCUUUGAGGUACCAUUAUGCACCCUUCAGGUACAUAUCGUAUGUAUCUUUUAAAAAAAGUACUGCCCCAUAGACAGCUCCUGUACCUUUAUUUCUGAGAGUGUACAUACGAUGAAGGAAACAAUCCUUGAAUGUGUUCCUUUAAACCCUAAAUGAUCUUAAGCUGGGGAGAGAAAGUCAUGUACACUGUGAUUUGUUGACGUAACUUUAAAUAAGUGAGUAAACUAAUGCUUUUAAAGUGAUUAGUUGACUUUACUUAAAAGGGAAUGUAACAUGCUCUCUUUGCCCAAUCUCAUAUUAUUCUUAAAUGCCUAUAUAGUACUGCAUCAGUGGUGUAGUCCUUGCUAUACGCACGUAUACUCAGUAUGCCUACUUUUUUCCACGAGCUGUUUGGGUAUUACGACUUCUGAGGAUCAUACUCUCAGUAUACUCACUUGUUUUGGUGAUUAUACUUCCCUAAUUUUUGUGUAUUGAGUAUUUGAGUUUUUCGAAGAUCACAAUAAAUCAUCUGAAUGAUGUCUUGCUGAAACGUUCAAGUAAAAUUAUAAAACAGCAUGGGUGUCGCUUUAGCCCUCCUAUAUUUCCAUUCAGCCCCCCUAACACCUUUGCGAUUACCUGUACACUACUAAAUGAUUGCCUCAGUCCCCUUAAAUUUGAUAUAAAAACGGCAGCAGAAUCCCGCUCCUGAACUCGUUUUUUAGUUAGUUAGCAAACCACAGCUGUGCAGUGUGUGUGUGUGUGUGUGUAUAUAUACACAGACAGCUAUAUGAGGUAUCUUGCUAAAAAGUCAACUGAAAGUAUUGCCAGUGACACUCAAUAAAGUAGCUAGCAACAGCAAAGUACAAUUUCAGAGUUGUUUGCAGCUGUUACACCAUAUGAAAAAAAACAUCACAAAGGCUCCAGGAGGUAGCUAACACCAUAACUCACUACUGUUUGCUCUAGAGAAAAAGAUUAGAUCAGAGAAAAAAUUGUGCUUAAUUUCUGAAAAUUUGUAAACAAAUUUAAUUAAAAGUUGGAGUUAUUUAUCUGUUCAGUACCUAUUUUUAACUAAUACACUGCAUUUUAGCAGUAAGAAGCUACGAUACAGAAUAUUGAGCUGAAGCUUGACUACAAAAUUUAAUCGCAAAUCAAAUCAAAAUUGCAAUAUCUUUCAAAAAAAAAAAAUGCAAUUAGAUAUUUUCCACAAAUUGCUCAGCUCUACUUUUAAGGCAACAAAUUUAAUAACUUGCUUUUUUUAUAGUGUAUGGAUGGCCUGGGAAUACUCCAGAAUUUUUCCAGUUUGGAGUAAUUAUUUCUUUAAGCAACACCUUCAGCAUUACAGCAUCAUAGCUUAAAGUUCUCACAUUGCUCCACAGUUUUCAAGUGUCAUUUCCCAUUCCUCCUAUUGAUCAGCAGAGGAAAUUUUUGUGGGAAAUAAACCAGGUCUUAUUACGUUAGGAUUGUAUGUUUUAUUCAUUUAGUUAAAGGGUUAGUUCACCCAGAAAUGCCAGAAAAAUAAUGUUAUUAAUAAGCCUCACGCCAUUCUAAACUUCAGAACACAAUUUAAGAUAUUUUGGUAGAAAUCUGAGAGCAUAAGCAAAGUUCCCGAAUCUUUCAAAGUCCAGAAAAAUGGCAAAAAAAAUCUUCAAAACAGUGUCUUUAGUGUUUCAAUUGGAUUAUUAUCAAGCUAUGAAAAGCUCUUAUUUGUCACAUACACUUUUACAUGUAGUGAAUUAGGACCCCCCUGACCAAAAACAAACAUCACACAUUUCAGGGGAAGACAGGUCAGAUGGGAGGUAGCUUUUAGAAAGAUUAAAUAAGAUACAUUAGGGAAGAGGGAGGCAAAAAAAGCCCCCUCUCAGACUAUCCUUGAAGUAAGGCAGUGUGAGAUCAGGGGGAUAGAUAUUAGGCACAUAGAUAUUAGACAUAACAUCGCAACGGGGGGAUGUGUACAAUGUAAAACAAAAAUAAUGGCAUCAUUCAAAUUCUUCUUCUCAGUGUCAGUAUAGUGUCAGCACAUUCAUGAGUGUUAAAAAUGACAUGAUGGUAAGCAAUUAAUAACAUAAUUUACAUUUUUAAGUCAACUAACCCUUUAAACUUCAUACAUAUUAUUUGUAAUGAUCAUGAACGCUCCAUCCUCUUAGUUGCUUCAGCUCUGAGGUUGUCUGUCAUAAAAACAAACACAUUUACAAGUAAAUAAAACGACCAAGACCAAGAUAGAAAUUGAUAAAAGUGAAGUGAGAUCAGUGUAUCACUGUGUUCAGCUGGCAGCAACAACUCAUUUUGUGCUGUACUUGUUUUAACCAUAGGUACACUCAGAUACAUUGAGAGAAAACCGAACAGUGCUAACUGCUAAGCAUUGGUGAAAUUGACUGUGAAAUAUGAAUCUGUUGUGCAAAUUAUUCGUUAAAGGUUAUUCGUUUGUCAGGUGCAUAUCACUGUUGUCAUUUCUCGUUUUUGACACUGAUGUUGUUUCGAUUAUUGUAUGUUUAUACAAUGUUAUUUAAGAGAGAUAUGCUCAAAAAUUUUUGGAUUAUUCUUGAUUUGUAUUUAUUUCUUUUUAUGGUAAUGACCUUGUAUCUUUUAUGAUGCCCUCUUAGAUAUAUUAUGUCUGUCUAGAACAGAGUUCUGCUGUAUUCAAAUGCUGUCAUCAAUAUCUGAUGCCAUUAAAGAGAGAAUAUAAGAA